AAUACCGAGCCCAGAUGGCAUGUGGAAGGUGUGUAGGGCUUGCAUAGACAGCGGGAGGACAGCAGAGACCUGGAGAGGCUAGGGCCAAGAGAUGAAGGAGCCUUGUGACAGGAGCGCGGAUGUGUGCUGGGGUGGGCUGUGCCUGCCUGGAUUGUGGCGCCGCCGCCUGGUGGAGCCUGGCACUGAGCCUGUGGGUAGGGGCGGCUGGAGACCGCCUCUCUGCGCGGUCCCUCUACCUGCUGGGGGCGGGGAGGAAGAAAGGCGGGCACCAAGCGAUAGGGUGAGUCACUCCUCUCCCUAGGGUUAGGAGAGGGACUUCUCUCCCUUCCCGGGUCUGCGCUUUGGCUCCAGGCUCCGGGCUCCAGUUCCGCGACUCCCUCGGCUACUCUCCCGGGCGGCGCGACUCCUGCCUCCCUUCUGAGGCUGCUCCAGUCGCCUUUCUAUAUAGGUGAGGACUAGUGUUUUCUACAUUCUUGGCCCAGAGGAAUUGGUUCCUGUUCUGAAGCUUUUGGAGAGAUCAAGGUUCAGCAUCAUUAGUGAGUCUUAGCUGCUGACUGGGUAUCAUAGCAAAGGCUUUAGAGACUUGUUUUUUCAGUGCAAACAAUGACAUUCGUGGACUGUAAUCUCAGUAGCACAUGCUUUCUCUGUAACCUGAAAGAAUACCCAGCACUCGUCAGCAAAUCUGUGGAGACCUUAUAAAAGCCCUUGUAACUGAACAGCUGUGACUCCAGGUUGGCCAGGGGGCUAUCUUAACAAUAGUAAAUAUCUAUUUGCCUUCUGGAAGAUUCAACUGCUGCCACACAGAGCUGCUGCUGAAAUACCAUGUCUAAGAACUCAGAAUUCAUCAAUCUGUCAUUUUUAUUAGAUCAUGAGAAGGAAAUGAUCCUGGGAGUCCUAAAGAGAGAUGAAUAUUUGAAAAAAGUGGAAGACAAGAGAAUAAGGAAGCUGAAAAAUGAACUUUUAGAAGCAAAGCGUAGAAGUGGGAAGACUCACCAAGAGACCAGCAGAGUCUGUGUUCACUGUCAGAAAAACCUUGGCCUCAUCUUUGACCGGGGAGAUCUGUGCCACGCCUGCUCACUCAGGGUGUGCAGUGAGUGUCGAGUCACUGGCCUUGAUGGCAGCUGGAAGUGCACUAUCUGUGCCAAAGUCGCGCAGCUGAAGAUUAUAAGUGGAGAAUGGUUUUUUGAAGAGAAGGCAAAGCGUUUCAAGCAAGUCAAUGUUCUGGGCACUGAUGUUGUUCGACAGUCCAUCUUAAGAAGAAGUCCAGGAUCUGAAGAAAUACAAAGCCAAGAGCAAGCCCACCAAGAUGUAGACAAGUCAGAUACUUCAUCUUCCAUCAGGCAGAAAGCCAAUCAUGAUGGACCAAAGAGGAAGGGAUUUCUUCUGAGCAAGUUCAGAUCAGCAACCAGAGGAGAAAUCAAAACUCCAAAACCUGAAAGUGGGAGGAGCUAUAGCUUGGAUUUAGACAGUCAAACUCUUCAGAGUUUCAAGUCAGCCCCUGGUUCAGACAGGAGAAGUACCGCGUCAUCAGACCUCAUUGAUCAGGAGGCAGGACGAGGAACACCCAAAAGCGGCUACAGCAAUGGUGGAAUCCCAGUCACUCAGAGGUCACCAGCUCCAAGUGCUCGUAGUGUGAGCUCCAUCAGCAGUAGAGAACAUGGUUUUGAAAAUUCCAUGGCUUCGGCUGCCAGUGAAAGCGCCUCUGAGGAGCUCAAGAAGAGUCACCGUAGAAACACAUCUAUUACACCCUCCAUAGCAGUGUCUGGUGCCUCCGUUUCCUCAGACCGGAGUCAAUCUGAGUUAGAUUUGAGUGAGUCAUUUACAGAAGACUUAGAGGACACUUCAAGCAUAAGAAGCAGAUCUGUCCCUGGGGCAUUAGACAAAGACUUGAACUCCCUAGAAGAGGCUGGGGAUGGUGCUGAUGACUUAGUGUCCUCUGGGUUUUCUACAAACCCCCACAGUCUGGCAAGUUGUCUGUCAACGAACUCCCAAGCAGGAUCUGAUAGGAAGAGGAGCUACCUAAAUGUGCCUGAUGCUGACUCAGACACUACCAGCCUUAACAGCAUGAUGAGUGUUUACAGUGAGACAGGAGACUAUGGCAACGUGAAGGUCACUGGUGAAAUUCUUCUCCACAUCAGCUACUGCUACAAAACUGGUAGCCUCUACAUUGUUGUCAAGAACUGCAGAAACCUGGCCAUAGGAGAUGAAAAGAAACAGAGGACAGAUGCUUAUGUCAAGUCAUACCUUCUUCCAGACAAGUCCCGAAACAAUAAGCGCAAGACCAAAAUCAGGACAGGUACCAAUCCAGAAUUCAACGAAACACUAAAGUAUACCAUCAGCCACACCCAGCUGGAAACAAGGACUCUGCAGCUCUCAGUCUGGCACUAUGAUCGCUUUGGACGCAACAGUUUCCUUGGAGAGGUGGAGAUUGCUUUCGAUUCAUGGAACUUUGAAAAUCCAUGUGAUGAGUGGUUUGUGCUUCAGCCCAAGGUGGAGUUGGCUCCUGAUAUAGGCCUUCAAUACAAAGGAGAGCUAACGGUUGUUUUACGUUACAUUCCUCCAGAGGAAAACCCUAUAUUCCCAGUAGGACAACCUCAAGGAAAGAAGACCUUUAAAAGGGGAAAGAAGAAGGAGUCACCUGUCAUCUCUGGCGGAAUACUUGAAGUGUUCAUCAAAGACGCGAAGAAUCUGACAGCAGUGAAAUCGGGAGGCACUUCUGACAGCUUUGUGAAAGGCUACCUGCUUCCUGAUGAUAACAAAGCCACCAAGCACAAAACUGCGGUUGUAAAAAAGAGUGUUAAUCCUCAGUGGAAUCACACAUUCAUAUUCAGUGGCCUGUAUCCUCAGGAUAUAAAGAAUGUUUGCCUAGAACUCACCAUCUGGGACAAGGAGGCUUUUUCCAGCAAUAUCUUUCUAGGAGGUGUCCGGUUAAAUUCUGGAAGUGGUUUCAGCCAUGGGAAGAGUGUAGACUGGAUGGACUCUCGUGGGGAAGAACAACGCCUUUGGCAAAAGAUGGUUGACAACCCUGGAACAUCUGUAGAGGGAGUUCUCAUGCUGCGUUCCAGCAUGGCUAAAUGUAGGCUCUGAAGGGACCAAUUCUGCAAGAACUACAUCUCUAGUUGCCUGCUGUUUUCUCUCGGCAAAGGACUGGGACCUUGAAUUCUGUUUCCCUGUCAUUUCUCAUCUAAGGAUAUUAGGACAUGAGAGGAGCUAUGUCAGUUUUGUGAACAUUUAGGAUCUUGCUGAUUGUCUAAAAACCAUAUCCUUCUAUAUGUUCACCUACUCAGGCUUCCCUGAGUAGACGAUAGUAAGUGUACCACACCAUCCUGCCAACAAACAAAACUGUGCAGUGGCUCAUAGGCUUUAUAUCAACAGAAAUGACACAAGCUUAUUGCAAAAUAUUAUUGAGAUUAGGGGUCCUCAAUCCUUUCCCAAUCAAGUUACUUCAGUUUGAGAAGAGAAGGGAACACCAAGAAGGUAGAUUGCUUGAAGAAUAACAUAGAGAGAUACAGUCCCUUAUCCUGGGACUGCCUAUGAUGUAAAGAGGGCAUGCUGGGAAUGGUUUGGGAGAUGGGGCAGAAUCCAUUUGUAGUGGCAAACAUCAGGAUGGAGGUGUUAAUGUUUUAUGAUGUCUUGGUGGGGUUCUUGUAACUGCAGAAUUCGUCCUCUAAUUCAGCCUCCUUUUGAAAGUGAAGAGUACUAAAUGAUUACACAUGAUUACACAGACACACACACAUGCACACACACAUGCUCGCACAUACGCACUAAAACAGACACAAACUAGAAUGUGUGUAGAGAAAUUGGAAUAUAAGGUCAUCUUGCUGAUAAACUAGCAAUUAUUGAACUAUGUUACAAAAAUUUUUUGUCUAAUAUUACAAGCCAUUAUGUAAAAAGAAAUAAGAAAUAAGGGACAAUCAAUUUAUAUCUUCACAAUUUGUUCACUAGGGAGACUAGCUAAGUGAAAAGGGAGCUACUCCAGUGUGUGUCUCUCGUGCUGCUAUAGGAAAGAGUCAGGAACUCCAUGUUCUCUCUUUCAUUUUCUCUUCACUCAAGUUCUUAUCUGCUUAUGCUAUUAUAAUGGCAAGUAACAAACCACACCGAAAGUCAAUGACUUAAAAUGAAGACCAAUUUUUUUCAUGUCUAUGAAGGUUGGCUAGGAAAGCUCUGCUUCCUCCUUAUAGGCCUGAGGAUCUAAAUCAGAUGCUUAUUUCUCAUCCUCAUUAAACCAAAGGAAUAGCAUGAGUGUGGUGAUGGCAGAGGUGUACUUGGAUAAGUCACACUGCUCAAUCACGUAAAUGUGUAUACCUCAUUUGUCAAAAGGAAGCCAUAUUGCUAAGUCCAAAAAUCAAUAAAAAAAGGAAAUACGCCUUGCUCACAGUGAUGCCAGUGACAAGAGUGAGUGUUCAAGACAUGAUGAUGAAACAGAGGCCAGUAGUUGAAUCCAUUAUAAGUCCUGUCAUUUUGGUGCCUAAGCGACCAAAUAUAGAAGCAAAGUCAUUUAAAUCCAGAAGGGUUGCCAAGCUUGGUUGUUUAUUUUAUGGGUUCCAACCCUGCCAUUGAGAGAACUGAAAUAACUUGUCCAAGGUCAUGCAGAGGCUGUGACUGAAUCUGGACUUAGCUCCUAGGCAACUUUGACAUGACUCUAUGUUAUCAAGGUGGAUAGAUGAUUACAUGUCAGAAAAAAAUCAUAGUCUGAUUAUUUAAACAUAAACAUACAUGGUCUAUGCCAGAUGUGGUAGGUUAUACUUGUAAUCCCAGCACUUUGGAAGUGGAGGGAGGAGGAUCAGAAAUUCAAGGUGAGCCUUGGAUACAUAGAGAAUUUUAAGCAGUCCUGGCCUAUGUAGCAAGACCCUAUCUCAAUGGUACCCCAUGCACCAAAAACAUGCAUACUCCAGAUGUUAUGGAAUCAGAUUCAGUUCCGUAUAGCUCAUUUCUUCAUUUUGAUACAUGCAAACCCUUUACAAUCUAACAAAUGAAUGUUAGUAGUAGGAGAACUAAAACCAUGUUCAGAUUCAUUCUACUUAGUUGCAACAUGUUUUUAAAUACGUUUUGAAAUUUGAAAACUCAUUUAAGAAUGUAUCUAAUAUUCUUCAUAGUAAGGGAAUACACAAGCCAUUUCCAGCAUUAUUCAAAAACAAGUCAUCUAUAGAAAACUCAUUCUAUCAUAGCUCAGUAAAUACGAUACUUCUUAAGGAUUCACACACCAUUAUGCAGAAAAGAAAACUAUAUGCUUGGUACUAUUUCUCACAUUGGAAAAAAUAAAUCAUCUUCAAACAUGAUUGGAUUCAGUGACAUUUUAGGGGAUAUGAGAAGGUGGUGAUGGUGAAGCCAAUCUCUGGAGUAGAUACAACAAAGUAGGUUUAGUCACUAAGAAAAUGUGGUUAAAUAAUUCUUAAAUUUACAAGUUAAACCCAAGAAGAGCAUGAAUCUUUGUGUUCAGAUCAAAUUCAAAGCAGUUCUCUGUACAAUGGUUUCAUGAAAUCCAGCUUCUUACUGGGUAUUUCUUUAACACAAACCCCAGAUACACUAAAUAGAUCAGAAACCACAGGAAAUAUGGGUAAGCCAUCUGUGUUUCAUGCUUCUCCCAGCAAUCUUCUCUUUUUAACAGCAAACACUUUGGAAUUCAAAAUGAGAUAUAUAUGUAUCUUACUCAGCCAUCCACUUUCAUGCAUCCUCCCUACAGAAGUAGAUAUGUAUAUGAGAAAUGAGCACCUAUAGGGGCUUGGGUUUCUGAAAGAGAUCAGAACAAUACAAAUCCCACCAACAGAAGUCUGAAAAUCACACACUCCGGAUUUUUUCUGUUUCUAGUUACGAGUUGCUUCUCCUCUUGUGCCUCUGAUAGUUCUCAGCAUUAACUGUUACCAUUUGGACUCUUCGGUGCUCUCUUUCUCCUCACUUCUAACCUACUUUCAUGGUAACAUACACUUAUGAUGUAAAAUUUCCAUAUCCAAUGCAGACCUUUCUUCUCAGCCCUAGACAAGAUUCAUCAAACCACUCUAGUUAUUCCUGUCACAGCCAAGUAAACAGAGCUAAGAAAGCAUAGGGAAAACAUGUAGGUCACAAAUACCUGUUUCAUAGGGUGCCUUGCAAGCUCUAGGCGACGAAAUGACCCACUAAGACUUUCAGACAAAAUUUACUUAGCAGUUGCCACUGAUCACCAAUCCAAGCUUGCCAGCUCCCCAAAGACAUUACCAGUCAUAUGAACUUGCUUCCAAAACAAUAUGUGUUAUUUCUUCUCUCUUCAAUAAAAGUAUAAUCUUUUCCUUUAUUCUCUCAA